AUGGCAGACUGGAACGCCUCGCUGUACCUCCGCUUCGAAGCAGAACGCACCCGACCCUCGCACGACCUGCUGGCUCGCGUCCCCCUGGCCAGUCCGAAGCGCAUCGUCGAUCUAGGCUGCGGGCCAGGCAACUCGACGGCCGUCCUGGUGGAGCGGUAUCCCCGUGCGGCCAUUGAGGGGAUGGACAGCUCGCCUGCGAUGAUUGACAAGGCGCGGAAAACCCUCCCAGGCGUUCCAUUCCAAGUAGCCGAUCUAGAAAGUUAUCGCCCUUCUUCUUCUUCUUCUUCUUCAGACACUGGUGAUCCUUCCUCCACGGUUGAUCUGUUCUUCUCCAAUGCCGUGUUCCAGUGGCUUCCCGCCAGCCAACGCAUCCCCAUCCUGCAAUCCCUGAUCACCUCCCAGUCCACAGGGGGUGUGUUUGCAAUGCAAGUCCCCGAUAACAUGGACGAACCGUCGCAUGUGGCGAUGCGUGAAACGGCAAUGGCAGGACCGUGGAGGCAGAAGUUGGAGGCUGCGAAUCCCGUUCGAGACCCCGUGCCCUCCCCGCGAGAGCUGUAUGAAGCGCUCCAUCCGCUCUGUGAACGGCUCGAUAUCUGGCAGACGAGUUAUCAGCAUAUCCUGGCCGAUCAUCAGGCAGUCGUCGAGUGGGUGAAGAGUACGGGGCUGCGACCCUUCUUGGACCCCUUGGAUGAAGAGGAGCAGAAGGCCUUUCUGCACGCGUAUCUGGGCAGGCUGAGGGAGGCGUAUCUCCCGCUGGGUGAUGGGAAGAUCAUGCUUACCUUUCCCAGACUGUUCCUGGUGGCUAUAAGGAAGUAG